AGUCUGCCACAAUGUGAAAAUCGAACCAGGUCUAUAGUUGUGUGUAUGAUACCUCCGAAAUAUCAAAUAUGAUGUGUCUAUACCUGAUUGCUUGUGUCUUUCCUGUGCACAACAAAUUGCAAUCUAUUCCCCAGAUUCUGAAGCUUUGUGCAGGCAACAGUGUUCAAUUGAGUGCCCUCUACGGUUGGCUAUCCUGUGUUCAGUGUACAAUGUUUUCACGUUACUGUAUACAGACCAUGCAACCACAAAUGUUCCUGUUAACCUACGACCAUAUCGCCAGUCCUUCACCUCUACCCACACCUUCACCUCUACAGUACGUACCCACGAUACUUAUACUCGGCCUAUGGUAAUGCUACCAUGCACCACUAAAGAUAGUCACAUGCAACAACUGACGCUAAGCGGGACAUUUACAGCAGAAGUGACGAUGAUAUAAGCUUACGCUAGUCGAUAGAUAUGCAUGUAGACUCUAUAAUUAUAUAUACCCACCACAGAAAAUAAUGUAGAAAAGCAUAUCCUCGCCUAUGGAUCAACAUUCUCAUGAAAACAUCAGAGGGACGGAUCCCCUCUGUAUAACUUUACUCUUGAAUACAUCAUAAGCAACCUUUGCUUCCUUCUUUAGAGGGCUUCUGAAAACAUUGCAGAAGUGACGAUGAUAUAAGCCUACGCUAGUCGAUAGAUAUGCAUGUAGACUCUAUAAUUAUACCCACCACAGAAAAUAAUGUAGAAAAGCAUAUCCUUGCCUAUGGAUCAACAUUCUCGUGGAAACAUCAGAGGGACAGAUCCCCUCUGUAUAACUUUACUCUUGAAUACAUCAUAAGCAACCUUUGCUUCCUUCUUUAGAGGGCUUCUGAAAACAUUGCAUGAUAGUCUCCUGGCAACUUUUCCUGGCGACAAUCUAUAUACACAUUUAGUAUUAGCGAUGAUGACUACUAACAACAUGACACAGAAAACCCACAGAACAAAGCAGUUCAUUCCAACUGACUUAAAUCAGUUAUGGCACUAACAUGUGGCCUGUGUUAACAACCAGACAACAGCACAUUUGUAUACGUCACUUUGCAAGAUAUCUCUGUUGUGACUGACUAAACUAUAAACUCAAUCACGGAUUGAAAGGUAGAUAUCUAAACAUGAAGUCAAUUGCCGUUUUGGUGCUACUACUGGUGUCCAGUUCGAACCUGAUCAAUGCUCGGACAUUGUCGAUAACUCCUAUUCUUGUGAACGAAGGUGACACUGUAAGAGCUUGUGUCACAUAUACUAGUACUCCUGAAUCAGUAACUGAAAUCGUGCUGUCUACACUGGAUGGGGGAGCUGGCGGUGCAAUAAGUACUACUACAGGUGGUAGCGACUUCACCUCUUUUGUCGAGACUCUCACCUUCGGCCUAGGCAUGGACCUGGAGCAGUGUAGAAACAUUCAGACUCUUGCUGAUGAGGCUCUGGAAGGGUUUGAAUCAUUCAGAAUUGAAGCUUUUUUGAGCGGAACAACUACACCUACAGAUAUGUCCCCCCAGACAGCUACUAUUGGAAAUGUUGGCAUUCUAACAAUUGGAUUUGGUGAGACCAGCUAUCAGUUCCUCGAGGAUCAGGGUGGCCAAGUCUGUGUCGUGAUCGAAGGAAAUGGCUCCAUAGAGGGAACUCUUAUGGUAACACUCAUGGUCACUCUUACUGACGGAACAGCCACAGAGGCUGACAGAGAUUACGACCCCUCUUUACGGUCAAUGGUAAUUGUUCUUGACCAGAACACUCCCGCAAGUGGCAGGUGCUUUUCCGUGCCUAUCACUUCAGAUCAGAGUGUGGAAUCAGAUGAAACAUUUCAUUUGACCAUCAACAGUAACAGACAAUAUCAGCUUAGUCCUACCAACGGUCAAGUGGUAGUUACAAUCAUUAACGAUGAUGUUGAGUGCGGUGACCUUCCUAUUCCAAGCAACGGUGCUGUGAGUUACAGCGACACCACCCUCAUCAACUCCGUAGCAACCUUCACCUGUAGCGAGGGUUACAUAGUGACUGGAGACUCCACCCGAACCUGCCUAGUCACUGGGAUGUGGUCUGGCAUCCAACCAUCUUGCGAACCUGUUGAUUGUCCGUCUCUGUCGGAUCCCCUCAAUGGACAGGUCCACCUCACCACCACCACUCUGAGCUCCAUAGCCAGCUAUUCUUGUGACCAGGGUUUUGCUCCCAGCUCAACAGAGGAUCGGCUCUGCCAGACUACUGGACAGUGGUCUGGUUUACCACCAGUGUGUACAAUUAUUGACUGUGGAACCCCCAGCUCCUUAAACAAUGGCGGACAAGUCACAGUCUCCCUCACCACCUUUGGCUCAUUCUCAGUGUACACUUGCCCAUCUGGCUAUGUUCUCAGUGCUCCGCCCUCAAUCCGUUCCUGUAUGGAGAAUGGGAACUGGUCAGGAUUGGAUCCAACCUGUGAUUCAGCUGACAAUGUUGGACUCUAUGUGGGAAUAGCAGUACCAGUUGGUUUAGUAAUAAUUGCCGCAACAGUUCUAUUGUUGUGUGUUAUGCACAAGAAAAGAACUAAGCUAUCAGAAGUGGUUACCUACCAAGCCAAUAGUGAGUAUUAUGAAGACAUCAAUGUUGCCCCAAUAAUUAGUUCUAGCACAGAGGUCCCUUCAACUCAAGAGCCCCUCUAUACUACCAUCGAGGAAUCAACUGACUCCAACAGCAACCUAACUCAGAGCAAAGCCUAUGGAAAUGUUGUCACAACAAGUGACUACGGCAACGAGGGAGUGGUAGGGAUAAAUGAAGUAACCAUGGAAACAAACGAAUCGUAUGGCACAACCGAGCAACCACAAAUGGCCCAGUUAACCUAUGACUAUAUUACCAAUCCUUCACCUGUAUCACAUGGUCCACCCAUAAUACUAAAUCCGGCCUAUGGUGAUGUUACCACUACUAAAGACAAUGACAUAGCAACUGACGCUAACGGGUUGAGUAGGACAGCAGAAGAGGCAAUGAUAAUAAAUGAAGCCUACGCUGGAGUAAGGCAGCCGAUAGAUAUGUAUAUACCCACCACAGAGAAUGAGGCAUACACUAGUGUGACUGCUGACACUAAGUCAUAAUUAUAUGACUAAGCUUUUAUUGAACACAGAUUAGAACACUUUGUAGAUUACCGUUACUUGAAUUAGAGCUACAUGCACAUGCAUAUUAUUUUGUGAGACUAAUUUUGUAACAAAUUUAUCGCAUGCAUUAUUUAUUGCAUUAUUUAUAAUGCAAUAUUGAUCUAAGAUACAG